ACAAUACAGUUGAUUUUAGUUUGCUAGGUAGCUUUAGAGAGCCAGGAUUGUGUGCAUGUGUGUAUAUGUAUAUAUCCAUAUCUAAGACUAGUACUUAGUCUCACUUCGGGAGCUGGGAGAAAAAAACCUGUACAGUUGUCUUUCUCUUAUUUUAAUAAAAUAGGAAACUCGCGUCCCUUCCCCCUUUUUAAACAAGUGUUAUAAUUGCUGGGAAAAGUUGCUGUGGUUGUAAUUUUAAACUUUUAAAAUAAUAAAACUGGUAAAAUAUCUGAGUGGUGCGUUUCCCUCAACUGAAGGAGAGUAGAUGGGUUACGUGGGGCAGAGCUGGCGCCACGUUAGCGCCGGGAAAAAGCGAAGCUUUGGGGAGAGGCUGGAAGGGCAGGAGGCGGGUCGGCUAAGUACGGUGGUGGGUCCUCGGGAGAGGUGAGUGUGUGGGGAGGGGAUGCCCUGAAGCCACUUCCCGGCGCGGACCUCCUGGGUUUUGACUUACAAAUGAAUCCACUUUCGUUGCCUGUAAGCCGCGUCAGGCUCCGCCUGCCGACGGGACCUCCUCACCAGCCUCUUAAAGAAAGCUCCUAUUGCUCUGAUUGGUUGUCGGGGCCCUGCCCACGCCACAUGACAGGGAGAGCUAGGCAGCUGGCUGGCAGGCGCAUUCAUUCCUUCCCGUGGGCGAGAUGUGGGUCAGCAGCGUGUGGCGCGCGACGCUGUCACCCGGCCGCCGCGCGCACUCAGCGUUGGCGCAGCUGCGCGGCAUCGUGGAGGGCGAGCUGGAAGGGAUCCGCGGGGCUGGCACCUGGAAGAGUGAGCGAGUGAUCACGUCCCGCCAGGGACCGUGCAUCCACGUGGAUGGUAUCUCCGGAGGAAUCCUCAACUUCUGUGCCAAUAACUACUUGGGCCUGAGCAGCCACCCUGAGGUGAUCCAGGCAGGCGUGCAGGCUCUGGAAGAGUUUGGAGCUGGCCUCAGUUCUACUCGCUUCAUCUGUGGCACCCAGAGCAUCCACAAGAAUCUAGAAGCCAAGAUAGCCCAUUUCCACCAGCGUGAGGAUGCCAUCCUCUAUCCCAGCUGUUUCGAUGCCAAUGCUGGCCUGUUUGAGGCUCUGCUGACACCCGAGGAUGCUGUCCUGUCAGAUGAGCUGAACCAUGCCUCCAUCAUUGACGGCAUCCGGCUGUGCAAGGCCCACAAGUACCGUUACAGUCACCUGGACAUGGCUGACCUAGAAGCUAAGCUGAAGGAAGCUCAGAAGCACCGACUGCGCCUGGUGGCCACGGAUGGAGCCUUCUCCAUGGAUGGUGACAUUGCUCCUCUACAAGAGAUCUGCAGCCUCGCUGCCCGAUAUGGUGCCCUGGUCUUUGUGGAUGAAUGCCAUGCCACUGGCUUUCUUGGGCCCACCGGACGGGGCACAGAUGAGCUGCUAGGCGUGAUGGACCAGGUCACCAUCAUCAACUCCACUCUGGGGAAGGCGCUAGGGGGAGCAUCAGGGGGUUAUACCACAGGGCCUGAGCCUCUGAUAUCCCUGCUACGGCAGCGUUCUCGGCCCUAUCUCUUCUCCAACAGUCUGCCCCCUGCUGUUGUUGGCUGUGCUUCUAAGGCCCUGGACCUGCUCAUGGAGAAUAAUGCCAUCAUCCAGUCUAUAGCUGCCAAGACCAGACGGUUCCGCAGUAAGAUGGAAGCUGCUGGCUUCACUAUCUCAGGAGUUGAUCAUCCCAUCUGCCCUGUUAUGUUGGGCGAUGCCCGGUUGUCUUCUCAAAUGGCAGAUGACAUGUUAAAGAAAGGCAUCUUUGUCAUUGGAUUCAACUACCCUGUGGUCCCUAAGGGCAAGGCUCGGAUCCGGGUGCAGAUCUCAGCAGUACACAGUGAGGAGGACAUUGAUCGCUGUGUGGAGGCCUUCGUGGAAGUGGGGCGGUUGCAUGGAGCUCUGCCCUAAGCUCUGGGUAGGGACCAGCAGAGCCAAAGUCCCUCUACUGCCACAGUGACAAAGGGGUCCUAGAGGCUCUGACCCAACCCAGACUUCUAGAGCCUGGUUGAAAAGACCUCAAGGGCCUGUCCUUGUGGUUGGAGAGACAACAAUGUGAAAAUUGGUCAUAACACUUUGUUCUGCUUUAUUCUUUCUGAGUAAGCCCAGUCCUGUGGCUAACUGGUGAAUCAG